AUGGGGGAGCCUGUUUCACCCGCACCCACCAACCCCCGCCCCUCUCCUGCUUUGCCUCGAGCGGCUGCGGAAAGCGCGGAGACCGCGGGGCGCUCUCGGGCCGCCGGGGCAGGAGCCGGGCCCGUGGAAAGCGGCCAAAGGCAGCAGCCACCGCCGAAGCUCGGCGGUGGCGCGCAGAUCGCCGGCGGAGAGCCGAAAGGAAGCGAACGGCUCCCCGCGGAGGGCCGCCUGAGGAGCAGCCCGCUCCAGCCCGCGGGUUUUAUUCCUCCCCUGGCGAGCUGGCCGAGCCCGCCCUGUAUUUAUUUUGGUUUCUUUCCGUGUUUGCCUUGCAAUUAUUUGAAACAGCAGCGCCGGGGAGAAGAUACACAAGGGCCUUCCCGGUCCCGGUCCUUGGAGCGGCUGCCGCCAGGCCUUCGAGAGGUAAUAUUGCCGCCGCCGCCGCAACGCGCCAGAUACAGCGCCUCGCGCACAAGCAGAGCGCGGCCGCGCGCGCCUCGCCGAAGAAACCGCGCGUCCGUCCGCGCGGCGAGCAGGGCGGGGGCGCCGGAGGAGAGGGCGGGCGGAAGGGGGAGCGCGCCUGCCUGGCGCAACGCUGCGCCUCGCGCGGGGCGGUGGCUCAGCCCAGCCGCGGCGCCACGCCCCGGGUGGAAACCGCGCGGCCGGCGGAGGCGACCGGGCUUCCCAGCCCAGCUUCCAGCUUGGCCCGCCCCCGAGGGACGGCAGCCCCGGACGGAGCGGCGGCGCGCGGCUGCCACCAGGAGCCCUCCCGCUCCGCCCGCCCCGCUGCAGCAAACCCUCCGGCGGGCCACGCGGGUGCGCCCGCCCCGCCCGGGCCGGGUGCCCGCCUCCUCCUUGGCAUGCGAAGCCACGCCCCCCGCGUCGGUCCCCGCCGUGACGCAGCCAGCGGGGGGAAGCCCGCGGCUGCCGCGAGCGUCCGGCGGGCGCCCGUUCCCGCGGCUGGCUGGCUGGCUCGCACGCACGGCCGCCCGCCCGCCCUUGGCUCGCACGCAACCCUCUGGCUCCUCCGCCGCGCUGCCCGGCUUCCCGCCUCCCCCGGCUCUCCGCACUUGCGCAGCGAUUCCCCACCUCUCCCCGUUGGGCUGCAGCACAAGCCCCAAAGUGAAGAUCAGCAGUUCGGUCACCGUCCAGUGGGGUGGAUUUCAUAAGGGCGUCGUGGACCUCAGCGGGGACUCCGUCGGUUUUUAUUCACACACUCGGUCAGACUUGGUUAUUUCCCCCUUCCACGACUACAUUCAGUGA